ACUGCCUAGGGGAAGAACCAGGAUGGAAUCGCUUCAGGGCCUGCUGCUGGGUCUGCUGCUGGCCAUGGGCACGGGUGGGGCAUGGGCCUCCAGGGGGCCGCUGCGGCCACUGUGCCAGCCCGUCAAUGCCACACUGGCUGCCGAGAAUGAGGCCUGCCCCUUCUGCAUCGCCUUCACCACCACCAUCUGCGCCGGCUACUGCCCCAGCAUGGUGCGCGUGCUGUCAGCAACCCUGCCACCGGUGCCCCAGCUUGUGUGCACCUACCACGAGCUGAACUUCGCCUCCAUCCAGCUCCCCGGCUGCCCGCCUGGCGUGGACCCCACGGUCUCCUUCCCCGUGGCUCUGAGCUGCCGCUGUGGGCCCUGUCGCCUCAGCAACUCAGACUGCGGGGGACCCAGGGCCCAGCCCUUGGCCUGUGAGCACCCCCUCCUCCCAGACCUCCUCCUCCUCUGAGGACCGCAUCGUCCCCUCCCCA